AUGUCCACAAACUACGACUUCAAGACUGCUCUCGUGACCGGCGGUGGGGGUGGUAUCGGAAAGGCGCUUGCGCACCAGAUGAUAAAAGAUGGGAAGAAAGUCAUCAUCGCAGGUCGUACAGAGUCGAAAUUGCAAGAAGCUGCAAAAGAGAUCGGAGCAACGGCAUACUACGUCCUUGAUACUGGAGACGUCAAAUCUAUCCCGGCUUUCACCAAGAAGCUGAUAUCCGAGCAUCCGGACCUCGAUUGCCUCGUCAACAAUGCUGGUGUGCAGCGGCCACUCGACGUCAACGAAAUGGACCCAGAGGAAUUUGGCAGCAAGGCUGACCAGGAAAUCGAUAUCAAUAUCCGUGGACCCAUGCACCUUGCACUUAACCUGCUCUCACAUUUCAAAACCAAGCCAACGGCACUGGUGGUCAAUGUAUCUUCCGUUCUUGGCUUCGUGCCAUUCUCCCUCGUCAACCCCGUGUACAACGGUACGAAAGCAUGGGUACACUUCUGGUCGAUGAACCUACGAGCCCAGCUCAAGGAUACAAAGAUCAAGGUCAUCGAGAUUGCGCCGCCCACUGUGGCAACAGACUUACAUCGUGAGAGAAAGGAUCCAGAUGACAACAAGAAAGAGAAGAACAAAGCUGCUUUGAGCGUAGAAGAGUUCAUCGAAGAAACGUUAGGGAAGUGGAAGAAGGGAGACGAGAUGAUUGCCGCCGGCCCUGCAAACAAGAUUGUGGAUACUUGGCAGGACAACAUGGGGCCCAUCUUCCACGACAUGGCAAAGUAG